AUGAAUUGCCUGCCUGUCGAAGCUACCAUUGAGCUUGGUGCGCUGUGGAAAUGGUACGAUGCGGAACCUGAACUUCGAUGUGCCGUUUUCACUGGGGCCGGACAGAAUGCCUUCUGCGCCGGCAUGGACCUUAAAGAGCGGUUAGACAUUAUAGACACCAACGAUAUUGCAUUCGAAUAUCCUCAAGGUGGUUUUGGUGGGAUGUCCAAUCGUACGGGAAAGAAACCGAUCAUUUCUGCAUGCAAUGGUCAUGCCCAUGGAGGGGGUUUCGAGAUUGUACUCAACUCAGAUGUUAUCUUUGCAUCGCCAAAUGCCACUUUUCGACUGCCAGAAGUAUUGCGAGGGGUUUCAGCCCUUGCGGGAGCGUUACCUCGCUGCAUGAUGCUCUUCGGGAACCACAGAACUAUGGACCUUUGCCUCACUGGAAGGUUAUUGGCCGCCAAAGAAGCCAUGGAAUGGGGAUUAGUAAAGGAGGUAGUGCCCCAACAUAGACUCCUUGAUCGGGCGCUGGAUUACGCAUCCGAGAUUGCAGCUCAUAGUCCCGACAGCGUGAUCAUAUCUCGACUUGCGGCAAGAGAGGCAUGGGAAACUGGAAUCAGUAGAGCAACAAUGAGGGGACAAGAAAUAUACUCCGAAGCCAUGCUCAGAAGUAAGAAUGCCUCAGAGGGCUUAGCUGCCUUCCGAGAGAAGAGGAAGCCCAAAUGGCUACCGUCGUAUUUAUGA